AUGCACGGCUCAAAAAGACCGCGCCUCAACCCAGUGGAAGAAGUGAUCAAAGCAACUGAAAACAUCCGAGUGGAUGGGCGCGCUACAUACACUGUGGAAAAGGCUGACUGUCCUUCGCUGGUGCAUCUACUACAACACGAGAUUCGGCCUGGCACCGGACUGGCGGGGACCAAAGAGGAGGAAAUAGCUCGCGCGACACAGCAAGAGGACGAGACUGAAGUCGCCAAUGGCGAAUCCCGUGGUGAAGUCCUCGAGACGGGCAGCGCAUGUACAUCCGGCGAGAACGAUGUUGAAUCUGAAGAAGGUGAAGAAGAGGAUCUUGACGGCGUUGAAGAAGACGCAACGGACAUUUUGGUGCUCCCUGAUGGGGGAAUAAUGCACGUUGCUCAGUACUUUGGGCCGGAAUACGAAGCACGGAUCAGACGCAUGGGCGCGAUCAAGCCGAUGGCUUGCCCGCCGAGCAUGCCGACCCGUCCACACGACUACCAGUUGAAGGGAGCUACCCAAUUAACCCACUUGUGCGAAAGUGAUAGCCGCGGGGCCCUCCUCGGCGACCCCAUGGGUUUGGGGAAACCCCUCACCGUCAUACUUCAUCUAUGGGCUAUACGAAACAUACCCGGACAAAGUCUAGUACUCUGCCCUGCGUCGCUAUGUGCACAAUGGGUCAAAGCCAUUGAGGAGGCCUUUGAGGAUGGACACGGCCUCACUGCAUUCCAUUAUGCAGACGCGAGAAUGGCGGCACAUCAGGUAGAAGAGCAGGGAGUGGAUGUUGUCGUGGCGUCUUACGAGACGUUUGAGCGCAACAUGCGAACCAAGUUGAAGACAGAGGAAACGGUACUCGAGAUGGUAGCGAACCAGGAUGCAUCCGCUUCCACCAACCCAAAGCGCCCAACCUGCGGGUUGGCAUCAGAUUUGGGCUACUAUACAUACCGGCCCUACAAGAGGGUCAUACUCGACGAGGUGCAGAAUGUGAAUAAUGGGAGUCAGCAAAGCACAAAGCGAUUACGAGGAUCUCAACACGAGCCGUCAUCGGUCUCAGUGGCACCCUGCCACAUAACCGUUGGUAUGACAUUGGAGGAUACCUGGACUUUUUGA